GUGGGUGGGGGCGGGGCUGCUGGUGGUGGUGGUGUUUCAGCACCGCGGACAGCUCCUGCCUCUGGUCUCUGGGCUGCAGGGAGAAACAGCUGGACGAGACUACACACCGCUUCACUUCGAUCCACAGACCGCGCCGAGCCCGCCCCACGCGAUCCACGCGAGAACAGGCUGUCCGUGUUUCUCCUCCUUCUCCUCCGUGCUGACUGCUGUGUUCUGUGGCCUCGCAGAGGACUCCAGCCUCGGUUAACUGCAGCGCCUCUGCGCCUUCCGUCCGCUGGCUCCUCUUCCUGUUGUUGGCGGCCACGGUGUUGUGGGGUUUUCGGGGAGGGCGGGGCGGAGGAGCAAAGUUCACUUCUUCUUUGCUCUGAUUAUUUUUGGUGUCGUGCACCUGCGUGUGACAUGUGCGUGUGCACGCCGCCGCUCGCUGCCCGGGUUUGUCUGCAGGCUCGGGAGCGCAUGUUCCUCCGGGAUGCAGAAGUUGUGUAGUUCCUUUCGCGCUCUGCUGUGAGACAGGUGAGCUGCAUCUGCAACGUUGGCUGGGAUCCUCGCAGCAGAGUGCCACGGACUCGCUCGUUUCACGUGGACAAACGUCAGAGAGCACGAUGAGGAGCCUCUGUGACUUUUUAAAUUGCACCUAAGAGAGAGAGAGAGACGGGGGUGGGGUGGGGGUCCCUGUUAGUGCCCCGGCACUGCUGCAGGAACACAGCUUUGUUUCUUUAGCUGCUUAAACCGCUGGGAUCGCGCGUGACAGUGGACACUGUGCCGCUCACCUCUUUACCCCUAACCUGAAAACAGAGCCCGACACGCGGGGAACGAAAUGAAGAAGUUCCGGAAGGUGCUGGACGGCCUGACCACCUCCUCCCCGGGAGCCACUGUGGGCUCUCCGUCGUGCGGCAGCGCGGCCGGGACUCCCACGGCGGCUCCAACUCCGAAGGAGAUCGACGUCCAGGAGACGCUGGUGUCGGAAAACUUCCAGCUGUGUAAGACGGUGCGUCAUGGUUUCCCUUACCAGCCCACCGCUUUGGCCUUUGACCCCGUGCAGAAGAUCCUGGCCAUUGGUUCGAGAUCUGGUGGAGUACGAAUACUGGGCCGACCUGGGGUGGACUGCUACUGUCAGCAUGAGAGCGGAGCUGCUGUUCUUCAGCUGCAGUUUCUCAUCAAUGAGGGGGCGCUGGUCUCAGCCUGUGCAGACGACACGUUGCACUUGUGGAAUCUGCGCCAGAGGCGGCCGGCCAUCCUGCAUUCACUCAAGUUUAACAGAGAGAGGAUCACAUUUUGCCACCUGCCCUUUCAGAGUAAAUGGCUGUAUGUGGGGACGGAGCGCGGGAACACACACAUCGUCAACAUCGAGUCCUUCGUUUUGUCCGGAUACGUCAUCAUGUGGAACAAGGCCAUCGAACUAUCAACUAAAACUCACCCAGGACCAGUCGUUCAUUUGAGUGACAGCCCAAAGGAUGAAGGAAAGCUGCUUAUAGGGUUUGAGAGCGGGACGAUCGUGCAGUGGGACCUCCGGGGCAAGAAGGCUGACUUCAGGAUCUACUACGAUGAGGCCAUCCACUCUGUCAGCUGGCAUCACGAAGGGAAGCAGUUCAUGUGCAGUCACUCGGACGGCAGCCUGACGCUGUGGAACCUCAGAAACACCACCAAGCCAUUCCAGGUCACCUUCCCUCACGGAAAGAUACAGAAGGAUGCGAGGAAGGAGUCGUGCAAACCUAUUCUCAAAGUGGAAUACAAGACCUGCAGGAACAGUGAGCCUUUUGUUAUCUUCUCUGGGGGUCUUUCAUAUGACAAGGCGGGACGACGGCCGGCACUGACGAUCAUGCACGGCAAGGCCAUCACUGUGCUGGAGAUGGAUUACCCCAUAGUAGAGUUCAUGGUGCUGUGCGAGACUCCUUACAACAACGAGGUCCAGGAGCCUUACGCUGUGGUCGUGCUUCUGGAGAAAGACUUAAUCGUGGUGGAUCUAACACAGAGCAACUACCCCGUCUUUGAGAACCCGUAUCCCAUGGACAUCCAUGAGUCGCCAGUGACCUGCACGGCCUAUUUCGCAGACUGUCCACCAGACAUCAUCCCCAUCCUCUACUCCAUAGGAGCGAAACACAAGAAGACUGGCUACAGCCAGAAGGAGUGGCCAAUCAGUGGAGGGACGUGGACAUUAGGCUCCCACACUUAUCCAGAGAUCAUCAUCACAGGGCAUGCUGACGGAUCGAUUAAGUUUUGGGACGCAUCUGCAAUCACGCUGCAGAUGUUGUACAAGAUGAAGACCUCCAAAGUGUUCGAGAAGCCAAAGCCAGGCGAGGGCCGCGCCGCCGAGCUGGUGGAAGAAGACCCGUUUGCUAUUCAGAUGGUCAGCUGGUGCCCUCAGAGUCGCAUGUUCUGCGUGGUCGGCAUCUCAGCUCACAUCAUCCUCUAUCGUUUCAGCAAAUAUGAUGCCAACACUCAGAUAGUGUCUCUAGAGGUGCGUCUGCAGUGUGACUCGGACGACGUCAUCUCCCCAUCAGAGAAUGAAAACAAUCCCAGCUUCUCAGAGCCCGGCUCCCACUCGCCCCAACCGCACCACCAACACCAACACCCAGCCAGCCCAGGCAGCAGGACACCAGAGGGCAUCAAAGACAGCAUCCCCUGCCUCAAAGUGAAGGACCGGGCGGUUCGGGUUCCUCCUGGCUACCAGUCAGAGUUGGUCAUCCAGCUCCUCUGGGUAGAUGGUGAACCUCCACAGCAGAUCACCAGCCUGGACAUCAACUCAGCCUACGGCCUCCUGGCAUUCGGGAAUUGUUACGGCCUGGCGGUGGUGGACUACUUGCAAAAAACUGUCAUAUUAUGUAUGUCAACACUGGAUCUGUACGGAAGCACCGACCCCUACCAGCGCCUUACCCGUUCCCCCCGCAGGAACAGGCAGUCCACCUCAGAGUUUUGCAUGCGCGGCCUGUCUAACUUUUAUUCAGAUUCAAAGAAAAGGAUCCGUACAUCCUAUCAGAGCCUUACUGAACUCACUGACAACCAGCAGUCGAUUGACAUGGAGAGGAACAAGUCGCCCACUUCAGUCUGUGUCUGUUCUGUUGGAUCUCCUGUUCCAGUUCAUUACCCAACCUCCCUUCACAAUGACCCCCGCGUCCUGCCCGAGCCUGUGGCCAGUCUGAGAGCCAGCCACUGCAGUCCAGUCUUUUACUUACUGGACAAUGUAAAGGGACCCGGCAGAAAGUUAAGUCUGCCAACAGAUCUUAAGACUGAUCUUGAUCAUGUCAAUGGACAUUGCACUAGCCCCACCUCCCAGCCCUGCUCAGCGGGGAAGCCUCGCAUUCCGAUGGGUCCCGAGGGGCCACGGCUUACCCGCAGAGGCCCUGGCCGACCGCCCUUCCGCAAGGCCCAGUCCGCUGCUUGCAUGGAGAUCUCUUUGCCUGUGUCCCACACUGAAGGGCAUGCAUCCAGGAGGGCAAUGCUGCAGCAGUUACACGGAGUCACUAUGUACUCCCACGAUGAGCACCACAGCACCACCUCCUACUGCUGGAGUGACCGAGAGAGUCGUGAAAACUCCUUCACCCGCUCGCGCAGCUCCAGUGUUUCCAGCAUUGACCGCGACACCAAAGAGGCUGUGACCACGCUGCAGUUCGGAGAGUCGUACGGGCGCAAGAACGAUGUCCUGCCCACCCCGUGUCUGUGGGUGGGCACUAGCUUAGGCGUGGUGCUGCUCAUCCCCAUGUCCAUCCCCACUGAUCAGGAGGAAAGGAUGGAAGAGCCUGUCACGAUGGGCGUAAGUGGAGCGGUGCUGAUGCUGAAGGGCUCUGUGUUACGCUUCAGCUUCUUGGACUGCAUGGGAGCUCUCAUCCAGCCCCCCUAUGAGGUUUGGCGGGACCACAACGCCCCCGAGGACCCCGACCGACUGCGGAGGCGCAAGCUGGUCCACUUUUCGCCAUCGUCCUCCCAGGACGCCUGCGGAGACGGACACUUGGCUGUGGUGUGCUCUGAGAGGCAGGCCAAAGUGUUCCUGAUGCCCUCGCAGUCUUGCCUGUUUGUCCACAACAUCACAGAGUCGUCCUUUGUGCUGAGGGCUGACGUGGUGUCGGUGUGCAACAGCGUGUGCCUCGCCUGCUUCUGUGCAAACGGACACGUCAUGACACUCAGUCUGCCCAGCUUAAGACCGCUCAUGGAUGUCAAUUACCUGCCUCUGACAGACAUGCGCAUUGCAAGAACCUUUUACUUCACCAAUGGGGGGCAGGCACUGUAUCUCAGCUCCCCCACAGAGGUCCAGAGAAUUACAUACAGCCAGGAGAUGUGCGAUAACCUGCAGGAAAUGCUGGGAGAGCUGUUUACACCAAUAGAAACACCAGAAGCCCAGAACCGAGGAUUUUUAAAAGGCUUCUUUGGAGGAAAUGCCCACACCUUUGACAGAGAAGAGCUCUUCGGCGAGGCUGCGGCUGGGAAGGCUUCUCGGAGUCUUGCGCAGCACAUCCCUGGACAGGGAGGAGUGGAGGGCAUGAAGGUCGCCGCUAGUGGAGUGGUGGGCGAGCUGGCGAGGGCGCGCAUUGCUCUGGAUGAGAGAGGCCAGAGGCUGGGGGAGCUGGAGGAGCGCACCGCCCUAAUGAUGACUAGUGCAGAAGCCUUCUCCAAGCACGCUCAUGAGCUGAUGCUGAAAUGCAAGGACAAGAAGUGGUACCAGUUCUAAUAGCAGGACGGGGGCCUCGGUCUGCCCUCAUGCUGCUGGGAACGAUAUGCCGCGACGGGACUUUCACUUCAAAAAUGAAAGCAUUCAAAGAGAGGCACAGUGACUUUGUCUUUAUGGCUUCUGGCUUGGCUUCAUGCACACACUGUCACAUCGCUGAGUGAUGAGGACGGGCUAGUUCCCCGUCUAGACCUGCAGCGAGAAGGACGGUGAGGAGAUGGCGGCAUUUGAAGGUCUGAAGAUGGAACUGGAAGUGUGUGUGUGUGUGUGUGUGUGUGUGUGUGUGUGUGUGUGUGUGUGUGUGUGUGUGUGUGUGCGGUUUUUCUGGACCUUACUGUGUAGAUAGUCAAAAACUAAGAAACCAACAAGAAAUGCAUGAAACAGCAAUGAAUGACUAAAAAUAUACAACUGCCAUAUUAAAAAGCAGCAUGCUACUUUAACAUGAGAGUCAAACAUAAAAAGACGUUUUAUUUAUGAAGUAAGCCAACAACACAAAUUAUGAAAAACUUUCUAUUUUUUGAGAUAUUAACAAAAAAUGAUAUAUAAAAAGGGAAACGUAUACCUGCAUUGCUACUAAGCCAAAAGUUGUGUUACUUUCCCUUUUUUUAAUGUUUCUUUUUACUCCCUAGUCUCAGCUCAUAUUACUUCACACACUAUAUAUACCAAACGCACACAGUUAACUUUGUCGACACACACUUAAAAACCGCUAAAACGUUGUUCGUACUCUGGGCUGCACAGUGCAAAUGAAAUAUAACUCAGUUGUAUUAACACUCAGCUCUCAGCAAUCUAGUUCCACUUUUCAGCUGCUGCAACUUACAAACCCGUGAAAUGAACACGAGAGAAGGCGUGGGUGUGGGAGCGUGUUGCGGUCAGUGUGUUUAUAUCUAUACUACAAACUUAUAUUCACGUGCCAUAAAAACCACGGAGGAGCUGAUCCGGGUUUCCUGUGGCUCACAGCAGAGAACGGUGACCGUGAACAUAUGAAGGCGUGUUUUAGUUGUCCCUGAUCUUUGAGUCUAUCGCUGCCUUCGUGCGACGUUAGGUCGCGUGUGCAAGUGUGAGUGAGGCAGAAAGAGAACCACAGCCUCCCUCAGCCAGAGCAGCCAACGUGAACGACACCCUCACAUCUCUCUCCACCUCACUCUGCAGUUGGUGCAUUCUGGUGUGCAACCCGAGCAGUCGUCUUUUCAUAAUGACAGGCAGUACUCGUGGUGACUGUCACCGUCUUCGUGAUGGGAACAUGAAGAGGAGUUGUUUGUCAGUAAGCGGUUCGGGAGAAGUGACAGUUUUUUCCAGUGAUGUUCAGCCGUCGAGUACGUGAAAAAAAAAUGAAGGCGUUCGUUCGGUUUUGGUUUCUCUUCCUUUCGAUAUCGUUCUUGAUGACUGUGACUAUGAUAUCCUUGUGUCGCAGUCCUAUAUUUGAUGGUUACGGCCUCUUUAACGAAGGCUUUUGUAUUUUAAAAACAACAAACGUGUCAUGAUACAUGGUCGUCGUGUAUCACAUCGUGAUUGUGUUACGUGUCAGUGGGUAGCCACACGACAAGGACGAACAACAUCGAGUGAGGAGGAUAUUUUGUACUUGUGUAUUUGUCUGUAUUUUGAACUGAAAACUCAAACGCGGGAUAACCGGCAUCCGUCUCUCACACACAUCAGACCUUUAUGCUGAUCGUGGCGGCGUCACGCCCGCGUGAAACGUGCACGGCAGCACAUACAUCCACAGCCUGAAACAAUAAGAGGAACACGUGAAUCUGCAUUGCUAAUCAUCUUUGCCUGCUUCCUGUCAGGCGGCUGACACAUUCCUGAGGCUCGAGCGGCCUUCACGCGUUUAUUUUUACCGACUUCACCUGAAAUCCUACAGCCAGGCUACCUGGAUUUGGUUCAACGGGGUGUCUAAAACACAGCGAACUAAUAAUGUCGUUCUCUCUUAUCUCUGUACCGUCAAUGAGUUUUGUGUAAGUGCAGAAAAAACAACACAAAACCAAAAUACACAAAAAAAUGACAAAAAAACUCCGAUUCUGCUGACAGGGUGUUUUGUUAGAAGGUUUUCGGUUUCUAUGUUUUCAGUUUUUAUAUUAACUGUACAGUUCAAUCUUGGGUGAAAGGUGAAACAAAAAAAUAAAAAAUAAAGUAUAUUCUUGGGAUAUUUUCUCGUAUAUGUUGUACCUGUUACUGCUGGUACUGUAUCUGGUAUUCUGGCUCUGUCUAAAUCACAGGAACGAUGUAGUUCUUCACACUGUAGUAUGUUAAAGAGGCAUUCACUUGGUUUUCAAUGAUGGCAGCAACGUUUGUCUUAUUUAAAUGGAUUCUACCACUUUUUGUUCUUCUUGAUAUUAUACUAGUGUAAUAGAAAUUACUUGACAAAAAAUGAUCUGAAAAUAUGUUGAUGCAACAGCAAAUUGAAAUAAACAUUGAUUGAUGUA